AUGGAACAAAAUUCUAUUUUAGAAUUAGAAAAUGAACUUAAUAAUAUUGAUGUUGAUAGUAUUAAAUUAGAUGCUAUUAUACAAUUGAAAACAUGGCAAAAGAAAAUGUAUUCGUUAAUAAAUAAAACUUAUACAAAUCGUAUGCAUGAAAUAGAUUCAAUUGCAUCGAAUUUAACAAAUGAAGUAAAAGAAAAACAAAAUCAAUUUGAAAAUUGUCAUAUUGAUGAUGAAAAAAGCGUUUUACAAUUAAAAAAUGAUAUUGAUUUAUUAAAAUCGAAGAUUAAUAUUAUUGAAUCUGUUCCGGAUAAUUUUGAACAACGUAUUGAACAAACGAUUCGUAUUGUACAUAAUAAUGAAAAUGAUGAUGAAGAAUUCGUCGAAGAUGAUGAUGAACCAGUUAUUGUUGAAUUUGAUAGACAUGAAGUACGAGCUGGAAAUCAAAUUGUUGUAAUGGCAGCUGCACCGGUGACCAAAGAAGAAGGACGAGUAUCAAAAGUGUUUAAUUCACAACCAGUUCAACAUGCACUUGCUGUUGGUUUAGCAAAAACUUUGGCUAAUAUGGGUACAGUUGCAGCAACUAGUACUGCAACUGUUGCUGCUACAACAAUGGCAAAAACAGCUUUAAUAGCUACAGCAUGCGGUAUAGGUACAGUAGCUUAUACAGCUGGAAGAAUUGCAAUGGGAACAACAAGAAGAGUUUGGUCAUUCGUUGUUACAUCCGAAGAAUAA